AUGGAUUCGUGUGAAAUCACUCGUUCCAUUCUAUAUCACAUGCAAGGAAUGCAAAGUUGGUUUCUAAACAUGAAAUGGAUACAGUAUAAUGAAGUGUAUGUCAGCAAUUCGAAUUUCAUGUUUUAUUCAGACAAUGUAUUGAGAGAGGGUCGUCUUCGAUUUACCAUUCAAUCCUCCCAAUUAGCCAUUCUACAGCAUUCGAUAUUUGAAAAUUACUUUUUUGAAUUCACUUCGAGAGAAGUCCAGAAAAUUGUUGUCCAGUAUUGUCAAUUUUCGAGAGAUCGAUCUGUUUCAGGUGUAUUUAACUCCAUUCUUGGACGAACGUUUCAACUGCUCGAUUGUACCUUUGAAUAUUCAAAUUCCUUUCUCUUUGUGAGAGGAUAUACUCAAGUAACGGAUCAACAUCUCAUCAUUCGGAACAAUGCCUUACUUUUACUCGACGACACAGUUCCAAUAUAUUUUGGAAUUUUCAGCAUUACAAGUUGUGUGAAUGUUCAAAUUUCAAAUUCCACAUUCCUUAAUAAUACUGGUUACGAGAGAGCUUCCUCCAUCUUUCUCUCUGACGUGGACACCUUUAAGUAUGGAUGUGCUCUCUAUAUUUAUGACUCUAUUGAUUUGAAUAUUGAAAAGAAUGUAUUCAGAGGAAAUCGAGCUUCAUUGGGUGGAGCUGCGCUUUUCAUUAAUCUCACCUUUCGAAUGAAAAUGAGUGAAAAUUUAUUUUACAACAAUUCAGUUUCGUUUCAUGGAGAAAUUGAUUAUCAGUCAGCGAGUGGAUAUUAUAAGGGAUCAGGAGGAGCACUCUCGAUCAAUACUAUGAGUGAUUCUGCUGAGAAUGUUCUGUGGAAUAAUACGUUUAUUGAAAACUCGGCAAAAGUGGGCGGUGCAUUGUUUUUUGUUGCCCAAUCAGUGAUGAGCCUCGAUGGAUGUCAAUUCAUUAAUAAUAAGGCAUGGAAGGGAGGUGCUAUCUUUCACUAUGCUCCCAUUCUUGAAAGCAAAGAUCUAAUGUCUCUGUUGGAUGGCACCAAAUUUGAGGGAAAUGCGGCAACUAAAUUUGGAAAUGAUUAUUUAACUAGUGUGACUAAUAUUGAGAUUGAAACAAAACCAAUAUGGUAUUCAAUUCCAGGAAGUAAGACACAGGUGAACAUGACGUGCUGGUCUCUACAUUUACAAGUUCCAUGUGAUAUUGAAAAAUUUGCAAUUAAGGCCAUGGAUCCUAAUUAUUACGUUCAUUCCUCUCAAUUUCCAAACCAAACUGUCCUCUCCUUAUAUAUUAUCAACUCAAACAACACGGAGCAGUCCGAGUUUCAUCUAAACGAGGUCAACAAGAAUAUUCCAAAUGGAGAAUGGCAAAUGACAUCUCCAUUCAAUUUAACCAUUCACGGAGAAUCCAUUCUUUCUCCACCCACUCCAUUUCUCCAAAUUCAAAUGAAUCCUUGCCCGAAAGGAUAUUCUCUCGGACUCGUCCAGCUUGGAAGUCAAGCUUUAAACUCAUGUAUUGCCAAUCCUUCAGAUCUAUUACCACUCAUUUUAGGAGUGGCUCUUCCCGUUGCUGUCUUGUUGGUUCUGAUAAGUGUCACGUUAGGAUUGUUGUGUGGAAUUUCAGGAAUAGUCAUGUGUCGAGACAUUCGAAAACGAUUAAAACGAUUACGAGAAAAAGAAGACGCUGAAAAAAGUGUUGAAAAGAGAAUUCUAGAUAAGGCUAUUGUGUUUCAAGGAAACUCUAGUCGUGUCGGAAAUAUUCAGUAUUCAGAAUUCACGCAAGAAUUGAAUCAUUCCUCUUCAUCUCGAAAUUGGAAUUCCAAUUUGAACUCACCCUUACUUUCCUCAGAAGAGAAAUUUCAACGAAUGGAAGAAGAAGUAAUCCAUACUCGCUCUGUCUUCCUUCCUUCCGCUUCCACCAAAAAGGAACCAUCUCUAAAAUCCUUCAUCAUUGCGGCCAAAGAUUUAGAAAUUUUACGAAAAAUUGCUGAAGGAGGAAUGGGAUGUGUCUAUCUUGGUAAAUGGAAAGGCACUUUGGUGGCUAUAAAAUCUCUCAAAUUAUUAACAGCAGAACUGUUGGAUGAUGAAACAAAACAAGAAGAAUUUGAAAAAGAAGUCUCACUGCUUGCCUCAUUGAGACAUCCAUGUAUUUUGACAUUUUAUGGAAUUUGUUUGACAGAGGAAUGUAAAUUUAUGAUUACUGAAUAUUUGGACAAUGGAAGUUUGGAUAAGAUUUUGUAUAAAUGUAGAAUGGGAAUGAUUCAAUUGUCAUUUAUAGACAAGUUGAGAAUUUUAAUUCAAGUAGCGAGAGGAAUGGAUUAUUUGCAUUCACUUCAACCAGCAAUUGUUCAUAGAGAUUUGAAACCUGGAAAUCUUUUGCUAGAUAAGAAUAUGAAUUGCAAAGUGUGUGAUUUUGGACUUUCAAGAACUAUUGAAACCAACACCAAUCAUAGCAUGACUCGAAACGUUGGCACUCUUCUCUACAUGUCUCCAGAAAUGAUUGCACAGGACCGUGAAGAUCCUUCUCAUUCUCAACAACCAUUAGAUUCCAACAUGGUUCAUAACAGACAAUCCAACACUUUCCACAACAAUGACAUUGUUCAGGACAAGGCAUCCAAAGCCACUAAGGUCGAUGUCUAUUCCUAUGCCAUCAUCAUGUGGGAAUUGUUCUUUGAAUUGUCUCCAUUCUCAGAACAUGAAAAAACGAGAAAUACCUUUCAAAGAUCCUCUCAAACCACCUCCUCCACGACACUCGAUGCACUCAAUUCUUGUUCUACCAUUGCUUUAUUGUAUCAAGUAAUGAAAGGACAUCGACCAUCCGUUCCAUUCCGAAAUUGGAAUGAAUUGAAAGAAUGGCUUCAAGUAUAUCCGAUCAUCUUGAACGAUUCUAUUCAUAACACUCACAUGAAUGAUUCCAUGAAAGAUGUGUUCAUGAAAGCAAUUCUGAAUUAUAUGGAAUUGAUGAAGGAAUGUUGGAAUAUGGAACCCAUGAAACGUCCUUCUUUUCAUGACAUGCAACACAGACUUGAAUCCAUUGAAUCAUCUCUUAUUAGAAAAUGUAGUCAGUAA